AUGCGCCGGUUAAGAAAAGAGAUCUCCAUCCGGCAGCGCUACUACUCCGGGGCCGACGGCCAGCCCUUCCCGCCCGGCCCGAGCGCGGUCGUGUUGGUGAGCCACGGGGAUGCGCUGCAGCUGCUGCAGUGCGCCCUUGCCGGUCGGCCGGCGGAGCAGCACCGGUCGCUGCCGCACCUCGAGAACUGCGGGAUUCGGGUCCUGCGGCCGCCUCCGGGGGAGGAGGGUGUGCGCGAGGCGCGGGGCGACGCGGAGGAGGAUGAAGGGGGGUGUAGGGGUGUGGAGGCGGCGGCGGAGGCGUUUCGGAUGACCGGCGCGCGCGUGUUCAGAGCGCCGGCGGGGGGAGAAGACGACGGGGGGGGGCGAGGGGAGGGCGGAGGAGGGGCUGAUGGAGAGCGGUAGAUGGGGAAGGUUCCACGAGAGUCACCCUCCUUGUUGAUAGCUUGGUAGGAAGAUUCUGAAGGUGAACUUUUUUUUUCGCGAAGAGCGUGAUGCUGGCUGCGCGAAUGUACAGCCGUGGUGUUAAGUGAAUUUUUGUUUUUCUUUGAGUUAACAGUGGAAGAAUACAUUUUUGUCAUAGAGGCCUGCCCUGGGGUGCUCUCAAGCAACUGUAUUUCCUGUGAAAGAUGCUACCGGCAACACGACAGACCUCCGACAACCGUUGCCCUCAAACGGUUUCAUCACCUGCAAUAGAUUCUACUUGUACGUAGCAAUCAUUACGAGCUUUUUUUGGUGUGUACCCUGUGCGCGUUCGUACAUUGUGUAGAGGUCGUUCAUGUGCUAUCGUUAGAUCAUUGGGGGUGGGUAUGGAUCAAGUGCGACCGGAAAAACAGAGAGGGCCAGAAAAUUGGGGGUUCCCCUGAGUUGCGCGUGUACAGACAAGGUGGAAUGAGAGAUAGCCUCGGAUCGCGGAUGCACGCGGAUGAACAUUUCCUCCUCGUCGUCGGAUCAUGCCGAACUUCGUUCAUGCUGUCAACAUAGACUACAGACCACGGCUUGGGACCGGUUGC